AUGGCAGCGGCGGUUGUCGAGUCACAAGAUGAAAAUAUAGUCAAUGAUACCAAUAAUGCUCAUUCCAAUCAAUAUCAGGAUGUGUACGAGGCUGACGACGUCUCUAGUGCUACUACUCUUAACAGACCUCUACAAAAUAUGCCUGAAGAUGAAUUUUGGUUGUUUAAACCACCAAAAAAUGUUCCUUUAAAUUUAAAUGCUUCUUGCCUUCUCUGGGUGCGAGAGGUGUUUGAUUCACCCUCUUCGAAAUUCUACCAAAGACGUAAAGAUCUCCUUAAUCGUUUAGAAGUUAUACUUGCCACAGAACCCUUUAAAAGACUUCCGAACCUCGGUGGUAGUGUUCCUUCUCUCAAUAUGAGUAAUGGGAACAACAACACAAACAAUAAUACGUUUAUCAAAAGCCGUGUUAUGAGUGUAGGAAGUAACCAGAACCUUGCUCCGGGUAGCACUGUCACCUUCGUUCGUCCAAAAAGACAUGUUUCUGAUGUCAUCCCUCCCCAACAGAAUCAAUUAAAUCAACACUCACGUCAACGCUCCUCUCCUAUACCCUUCAAGCCCGGCACAUCUGGCUCAACGGAUGAUCUUCAAAAUGUUGAUGAUCUCCGCAGCAUGGCUCGCAAGCAGGAGGAUGAAUUGAAGGCGGAAGUAGCUGCUAUCUCUGCGCAUCAGUAUGCUGCUCGUUCUGGUGGAAGUCAACAGUCUCUUAAUCGAUCAGGUCCGGAAAGUCCGUACAAUAGUCAACCUCGUCUUAACAUUUCUUCUAGUCCUACUCCCAGUGAUAUUGCUAAACAGCAAAUGGCUGCGCUGAGGCUUUCUCUUGACAGUCAGCGUCAAAGUAAAUCUGUUGCUCACCGAAUUGGAAAUGUUGGAAGUGAUGAGAGCUUAGUUGUUGGUGGAGAAGCUAGUAUCACUUCUCCAGGGCUUGAACAGCCAGUGGGUGACGCUUUUCUACCUUUUUUAAGCACUCAACAAGCAGUUAUUGUUGGUAGACCCUCCAGUAAAGUGUCUGCUUCUCGACUUCCAGCUCCUGUGAAGGCUAUUCGAAGGAAUCCCCGAUUUCCAAGCAACGAGACACUCCCGUCUUUUGGCUUUGGUGAUGGUAGUAAUUUUCCUAUGCGCAGAAGUAGUCAGGAACAGCUCGUUCCUUCAAGAAGUAGGAUUCCUCUGCCUCCUCGUAGUGGGCUUUCCUACUCCUCUCAACAGCAAUAA